CCGAAGCGGCGCGUCCUGGCGUUUGCAGUGCCGCGCUAGGUGGUCCGCGGUCCUCCCGCCCGGUUUCGGCGAGCCCCUUCCCGGGUGUUGCUGUGCUGUUGCCACCGCCCCCUCCCGCUCCGCCGCCGCCCCCCCGCUUGGCGGAAUCAUGGUGUGCUUCCGCCUGUCCCCGGCUCCGGGCUCGGGGCUCGUUCUGCUCUGCCUUGUCCUGGGAGCUGUCUCAUCUUAUGCAUUGGAAGUUAAUGUGACAGACUCAGAAAAAGCCACUUGCCUUUAUGCAAAAUGGCAGAUGAAUUUCACAAUACAGUAUAACACUACAAGCAAAAAUUUUAAAACUGCAACCAUUUCAGACUUUAGCACUGCAACCUAUAAUGGAAGCGUUUGUGGGAAUGACCAGAACAAUCCCAAAAUAGUGGUGCAAUUCGGAUCUGGUUUUUCCUGGACUGUGACGUUUACGAAGAAGGAGUCGGCUUACUUAAUUGACAGCAUCUCAUUUUCCUACAACCUCAGUGAUAAUGCAACAUUUCCUGAUGCUAAAGAAAAAGGAAUUUUGACUGUCCAUGACUUCGUGGGAUUCAGAAUUCCUUUGAACAACAUCUUUAGAUGCAAUAGUUUAUCAACUUUAGAAAAGAAUGGUGUUGUCCAGUACUAUUGGGACGUUCACGUACAAGCUUUUGUCCAGAAUGGUACAGUGAGCACUAAAGAGUUUCUGUGUGAAAAAGAUAAAACUUCAACCACUGUGGUGCCCACCAUCUCCACCACCACACCAUCCCCUACUACAACACCCACUCCAAAGGAAAAACCAGAGGUGGGAUCCUACUCGGUUAAUAAUAGCAAUGGUACUUGUCUUCUGGCUACCAUGGGGCUGCAGCUGAACAUCACUCACGAUAAGGUAGCUUCGGUUAUUAACAUCAACCCCAAUACAACUGACUUCACUGGGAGCUGCCAGCCACAGACUGCCCUGCUUAGACUGAACAGCAGCAACAUAAAGUACCUUGACUUUGUCUUUGCUGUGAAAAAUGAAAAUCGAUUCUAUCUGAAGGAAGUGAAUGUCAGCAUGUACUUGGUUAAUGGCUCUGUUUUCAGCAUUGCAAACAACAAUCUGAGCUACUGGGAUGCCCCCCUGGGAAGUUCUUAUAUGUGCAAAAAAGAGCAGACUGUUUCAGUGUCUGGAGCAUUUCAGAUAAAUACCUUUGAUCUAAGGGUUCAGCCUUUCAAUGUGAUGGAAGGAAAAUAUUCUACAGCCCAGGAGUGUUCGCUGGAUGAUGACACCAUUCUAAUACCAAUUAUAGUUGGUGCUGGUCUUUCAGGCUUGAUUAUCGUUAUAGUGAUUGCUUACCUAAUUGGCAGAAGAAAAAGCUAUGCUGGAUAUCAGACUCUGUAAUACUAAUCUAUCUGUAAUCUCUGUUACAAAAUAAUAAAGCAAGUACAAGUUCCAAUAUGCAGUACUGUUCAAUUUGAGGUAUAUCUAGUUGCAGUUCUGAUCUUAGAAUGGGUGGUGUGGGGGAUUUCAAACUCAAAUAAAUAAAAACACCCUAAAAACUAUAAACUACAAAUUAGCCACAUGAUUUUGGUUUCCCCAGCCAAGGAAUUUAAAACUGUUAUUUCUACAGCAAAAAGCAUGUGCAAAAUAACCUGGAUGAUUGGUUCUGUUCUAUUGUCUUGAGUUAGUAAUGUCCAUGUUUUCACUUUAUGUAUUCUGACCAGAAAUACACAGUAUAGGAAACUCAAUUUGCAAAAAGAUUUUUUUCCUGCAUAUAGUUAAAACUGGGACCGCACAUUCUACAGUGAAUUUGUACUUGCUCCUUUUGUAUUUUGUGUGUGUGUGUGUGUGUGUGUGUGUGUGUGAUUUUGUUUGCAGGUUAACUUAGCUACUUUGGCAUUGCUGCAUAUUUGACCUAUGAGAGAUAUGCCAGUAGAUUUGAACAGUCUAGUAUUAUGUUCUUAGCAAUGAAUGCUUUGCUAAUGCCUUUUGAAUAUACUUGUAUUUAAUGUGGCUGUAAUGAUAAGAGGUACAAAAGCUGUAUACAUUUUGGAAUAGGUGUUAAUCUUCUUGUUUAAUCCCUUUUUGAAAAAAACCUGGAUUUUUCAGUCUUUUAAAUGGCAAGACACAAGACUAUUCCAACUGGGCAUUUCAAUCCAUUUUCUAGGUGCUUUAGAGAUAAUUGCUAGGCUGUGCCAAUUUGGGGUGUUAGUCCUUUGUACCUGUAAAUUGGCCUCUACAUGCACUGCUAAAAAUGAAUGUAGUUUCUCUUUAGCUUUGCAGUAUCCUUGUUGGUGGUAGUAUGUUGUAUUCUUUUCUUUUCUUCUUUUUCUUUCAUUUCCUUUCUCUUCCUUCCCUCUCCUUUCCCUUUCUUUCUUAAAGAAGAAAUGCCAGGAUGUCCUAGAACCCAGAUAAAGAAGUGCACUUACACUUAGCCAUUAAUUUGCACCUAACCCAAAAGUCUUGGUCUUCUCUUAGUCCAUUAAAAAGUCAUCCUUUGUUUCCAGCUUGCAUUGAUUACGUCAACAUUUACUAAUUUGGCUUUCACAUUUCAAUGGUUCUAUGCUAAUCAAAACUUAACGUUAUUAUUGUUCAUUAUGGUAGAAUCAUUAUUAAUUCAUGUAUUUUGUGCUCUGGGGAGAUACACCAAUGGACACAUUUACCAUGCACCACCUAAUGUUUAUAUGAUAAAGCAACACAUUUCAGCUUGAUAGUUAACACAUCAAGUAUUUCUCACUGCUUCCAGGAGGUGUUUUUGUUGUUGUUGUUAUUUUGUUUUUUGGGUUUUUUUUUGUAUUGGAACGGCUGAGUAAAUAUUAAAAAGUUGUUAAUAUGCAGCCAUAUAUAGGAAGUUCUUAGGUUUUGGGAGUGGGAGAUUAUAUGCCCCCAUAUACACUAGAAAAUGGGAUAUCUGUGUCCCAAACAAUUAUUGAUGUUGAAUUAAUUUAGUAGUCUAGCUCUAUGCAGCACACACACAGAGGCAAUUGCAUGUUAGCAUGUGUAUGUCUGUACAAGUAUCUUUCAAGUUAUAUUAGAGUGGUAAAUAUUUUCUCCCACUUAAAUUUGCUCUCUGCUUAGAGUAGCCUGAAACCCUUACUGGCUCAGAAUCAGAUUCUUGACCAGUCCCUCCCUUACAGCUACACUGAGCUGCAUUGCCAGCUUAAGGCACUUUUUAAGGACUAAAUAUAAAUCUGAUUUUUAAAACGUAUUUUUACUUAAAUAACGUUCUAGUGUAGAAUUGUUAACCUUAUAUGAAUGGAUAAUGCUUAUGAGAAAAUGGGCAUCAGAUACUUAUGAAUCAAAACAAAGCAACCUUUUUUUUAAACCUAAAUUGGAAGCACAGUGGCACUAGCUUAAUGCUGUUAAUGUUUCUAAAAGUUUUUAUAUUUAGGUUAUAUGCCUAAUUCAUAUUAAAAUACCUCUAAUUAGCACUGUUUUAUAGAAAAUAUGACUUCAUUGAAUAUUUUUGUAUUUUACAUGGGCCAGUUCAUAUACUCUCUUAUUUACACUAUUAUUUCCUAUAGCCACAUGUUCUUUGUACCUUUUGUAGUUUUGUUUGUUUUACUGGGGUUUAUACCUGAUGGUUUGACAUGCUAUUUGGUUCUGGGUGUUUUUCAUGUUCUAGCAUUUGUAUAAAGAAACUGGUCCAUGUAAAUGCUUUUCCUGUUUUUUUUUUUCUCAAAUGUUUAAACCACUAGUUGAUGUAUGGUGUUUCUCUUUAGAUAUUUGCCUGUCCAUUUGCUCAACAUAUUGCUUCUAAAACAAACAAUAAAGAUUCUUUUAUUUCUUAAGGAAA